AUGCAGCCACUCAAACUCUGUUCAUAUGCGCCACCACCCAUUCGGCGGCUGCUUGCUAAACGGCAUAUCACAAAAGUCGCAACACCACCACCACCAACUUGUGACACAGUUGAGGAGAUCGAUGACCGCGUAACUAUCGACCAGUUCCGGCGCAUUGUCGCAGCUACCGAGAAUCGGAUAAGGCCUGUUCUGUUUCGCCGACAGAUUGUGGGAGAUGUGCUUGCAGGAUCCAGCGAUCCUGUCAAACCCCCGAUUCACCUUCCAGCAAUACAAAAAUGGUUCGAAGGUGAAGUCCGACCGAGGGGGGACAUAUUAUCCCUGUAUUUCAAGCAAUACUCUCCCUGCAUUGUCCCCUAUGAAUUUAUUGGCAGCGAAGGAGACACUCCAAGCGUUGUCGAUGAUAGCGUAGUGGCGUUCACAGCCUGGUUGGAAAGCACAUACAACCCCAACAACCCCACUACCCGGGAUCUGUUGUUGCGUUACGGCAUUGCAGGGCUAUACCAUGCGUCAUCAGGGUUCUCCCGCUUCGAUGCGCCCCUAGCUCUCUUUAACGCAGUCGUGCAAUAUAACGCCCUAGAGCCGCCGACAGCCCCCAUAUCCCGGCUUUACAUCGCUCAAGCAACCCUCUCAGACCUGCCCGAGGCCCUCCAACACGAUGUCCCCACGCCCGAGGUCCUCGCAGCCCCCGCCACGGGCGAAGUCCGCCUCACAGCCGACAUCUACAGCAGCAGCCUCUGGCUCGGCCUCGAGCCAACCUUCACGCCCUGGCACCGCGACCCCAACGACAACCUCUUCUGCCAACUCCGCGGUUCCAAAACCGUCCGCCUCCUCCCCCCCGAGCCAGGCCUCCGGCUCUUCAAGAACGUGAUGGCCGCCCUCGGCAAACAGGGCGCCAGCCCCAACAUCCGGGCCGCCGAGAUGAUGGAGCGCGCCGAGCGGCGGGCCUGGCGGGACGCGGUCUGGGGCGCGCACGCAUCCCCGUUGCUGCUCGAGGCGGUAGUGGGCCCCGGCGACGCGCUGGUCAUCCCCAGGGGGUAUUGGCACAGCGUCAAGAGCACGGCCGACGAGGCGGGGGCGCUGAAUGCGUCCGUGAAUUGGUGGUACCGGUGGAGGCGUCCGUCGUUGUCGGGUGCCGCUCCCGUUCGGUCCAGUGGCGGGCCGGCUCGUGGAAAGAAAGCGGCUGAGUCUGAGUCUGCGUCUGCAGGGGGUAAAGCUACAACUUCGGCACGCAAUGUCAGAGAAUUGCCUACUACGGCGCUGGCUCCCUCCACCCAACAGAGGGCGGCUAGUGUCAACAACCCCAGCCACUAUGUUCUUAGUCUGUUUCCGGUCUGA